AUGGGCAGUCGUCGCGAUGAUACUACCGACAUUAGCGGUGGUACUCAUUCUUCAUCAUCGUCUUCUUCUUCUGUGGGGAAGAUGAGAGAUUUUGCGAGAAAGUAUAACGUUCUUUUUUCCACGGCGGAAUGCGCUGAUGAAUCGUCGUCAUCAUCAUCAUCGGGGAAAACAACAAAACGGAUGCCUUUUUUAGGAGGAGGAGCUCGGGGAGGGAGUACUUCUUCGUCCGAAGGAGGGUCGAAUAAAUCUCAAAACGCGGCGUUUGACCCGGAAGCGUUAGAGCGAGGCGCGAAAGCGCUGAGAGAAAUCAACAAGUCUCCGUACGCGAAGAACGUGAUCGACUUAUCUGGGAAGCAAGAGGUGACGAAACAAACGGAGGCGAAGGCGGAAGAGGCGAGGAUGAACGCGGUGGCCGCACAGCACGCGACGGAGAGAGAAAAAGUGAUGUGGGAACAGCAGAGGAAGUUGGAAACGCAAAGAGCGGAACAGAACGCGCAGUUGAAACAGUACGAGGACGAGUUGGCGAGGAAACGGCAACAAGGGGAAAACGAAGCCGCUCGAGCGAGGAACGCGGAGUUGGUGAAGAUGCAAGAGCAAGCGGCGGAACGAGCGGAGGCGUUGAGACGAGAUACGGAAAGGAAGAUUCAAAUGGAAAAAAGAGCGACGGAGGAGUUUAAAGCUAAAUUGGAACAGGAGAACAUGCGAGCAAAAGCAAUCGCCGAGGCGGAAGGGAGGACGUUGGAAAAUCGACAGAACGAAGACGUGAUUCGUAGGCAAAUGUUGGCAAAGGUUGAGGCGGAAACGACGAAAGCGAUUAAAGUUGUGCAAGAAGGUAUGGUGUAUUUCGGGAGAGGCGCCACGGAGUUGCUUUCGAAUCCGCAACAGAUGACCAUGUUGGUUGGCGGUUUGUCCGUGUUAGCGGCUGGGGUGUAUUCGUCUCGCGAAGGCGCAAAGUUUGGGUUUAAGCAGCUGGAAAAGUAUUUGGGACAACCGAGUUUGAUUCGAGAGACGUCGAGAGGGGCGUUUUGGAAACCGCAAUCGGCCGGCGCAAACAUUUUAGGCGACGUCCAGUUGGAAAAAUCGAUGGAAACGCGAGUGAAACAGUUGGCGACGGCGACGGCGAAUACCAGAGCGAGGAAGGCACCGUUCAGAAACAUCUUGCUGUAUGGACCACCGGGAACCGGGAAAACGAUGGCAGCGAAACGAUUAGCGAGACACUCUGGUUUGGAUUACGCUUUAAUGACUGGCGGGGACGUGGCGCCGUUAGGGGCGUCCGCCGUGACGAAAAUUCACGAGAUGUUCGAUUGGGCCGGCACUUCGCGCAAAGGUUUGUUGUUAUUCAUCGACGAAGCGGAUGCGUUUUUAGCGAAAAGAGGUGGGAACGUCGCCUCGCAAGAGACCAGAUCGGCGUUAAACGCGUUGUUGUAUAGAACUGGGGAAAUGAGCAGAGACGUGACUUUAGUAAUGGCGACGAACCGACCGGAGGACUUAGAUUCGGCGGUUUUAGAUCGCGUGGACGAGACCAUGGAAUUCGCGUUGCCUGACGAAGAAACUCGCUUUCGUUUGGUGAAGCAAUACUUCGAUAAACUCAUCGUUCGUGGAGCAGAUCCAGGGGACGAGCAACCAUCGAGGACGUUUCUAGGCGGCAUUAUGAAAACGCUCGGGUUUGGUAAAAUUCCGGAUCGUCCGGUUCCGGUCAACGGCGUCACGGAGGAACAUUUAAGAGACGUGGCGAAGAAAACGGUUGGCUUUAGCGGUCGUGAAAUUUCAAAGUUGAUGGCCUCGGUCCAAUCCUCCGCGCACGGAAGCGACGACGGGGCUGCCACGCCUGAAAUGUUAAAUACGAUGACGCAGUUUAAGAUUCAAGAGCACGCGAAUAAAACGAAAGCUUUCGCCGCCGAGGGGGCGAACAAAAAGUAA